GCAAGCGCGUUGCGGUAAAACAUCGAUUUGCUCGUGUGUUCAUUUGUGUUUACAUUUCUCGAGCGGGUUUUAUUGUAAAAAAGUACAUUAUUGACUGAAAAACAUUGAAAAAGUGAAUGAGUAAAGUGUAAAGCAGUUUUUGUGUUGUAAAUAUGAAGCUAAACUAAUGAUACAGUUUUCCAACCAAUUAAUUGCAAUGUCAGAAACGUUUUAACAUUUUUGAGGCCAAAUAAUUUGGUUUCCCCGGCGCUGCAGUCGAAAACCGACGCCGAAAACAACGACGCUGCUGCUGCUUCUGGUGGUGGGGAAGUCAGCUGGCGGGAGCGUCGCGACGCGUCGUCGCAACCAGUCGAUGUCAGUCGUUCGCGACGUUUCGUACGUCUUGUCGUCUGCAUCGUCACUGCAGCAGUUAUUACAUUUUGUGAAGUUUCUGACUGACUGACGGAUCGUAGUACUACUACCGCUUUGUUAUUUGUCGCCGAUUGCUCUUUUGUUGACGCGGCUUUUUCGUGUGACGGGUUCAUUUGGUUUUUUUCUUUCUUUGUAGUCCUUUUUGGUGACGUUUCGUGUUGAAAUGAUCGUCGCGUGGUAGCAGUGGACAUGACGACUUCGAUUCUUUUUACUUUGGUGACCGUCUGUGCGAUUACAAAGUGCUUCGCGGCAUGGCAGGAGAACGUGCGGCCCAAGAUGUACGUCCAAUUAGGGGCAGAGGAUGACGUCCAUCAUUUUUACGGAGAUGACACACACACCGACUAUUUCCGGCUGUUGCUGCGCGAUGGAGAAUCCCUGCUGGUGGGUGGAAGAAAUCUGGUAUACAACGUCAGUCUUUCCGACUUGAGUGAACGCCAACGUUUGGUUUGGUUUUCAAAUGAGGCAGAUGUGAAUAUGUGUGUCAUGAAGGGAAAAGACGAGGAAAACUGUCAAAACUACAUAAGAAUAAUGGCGAAAACGAAUACAGGAAGAUUGUUAAUUUGUGGCACGAACUCGUUCAAACCUGUUUGUAGGGAAUACAAUAUUGCCAACGGAAAUUAUACGAUUGAAAAGGAGAAGCAGGGACAGGCAGUUUGUCCCUAUGACCCUCAACACAAUUCCACAGCCAUUUAUGUUGAUGGCGAUUUGUACACUGGAACAGUGGCAGAUUUUAGCGGAAUGGAUCCCAUUAUCUAUCGGGAGCCCUUACAGACUGAACAAUACGACUCGAUGAGUCUCAAUGCUCCCGACUUCGUCAAUUCGAUGACACAGGGCGACUACGUUUAUUUUUUCUUCAGGGAAACGGCAGUUGAAUACAUCAACUGCGGAAAGGCUGUGUACUCAAGAGUCGCAAGAGUAUGCAAAUACGACAAAGGAGGUCCACAUCGAUUUCGCAAUCGAUGGACUUCAUUCCUCAAAUCGAGACUGAAUUGUUCCGUUAGUGGGGAAUUUCCCUUUUAUUUUAAUGAAAUACAAUCAACUACUGAUUUAAUCGAGGGUGUGUAUGGCGAUCAGCCAGCUCAGUUGGUUUACGGUACGUUUACAACACCGACGAACAGUAUAUCGGGAAGUGCUGUGUGUGCAUUUUCCCUUCGUGCCAUAACAGACGCUUUUGAAGGCAAUUUUAAAGAGCAAGCAGCACUAAACGCCAAUUGGCUAGCGGUGCCCCCGUCAAAAGUACCCGACCCUCGACCUGGACAGUGUCACAACGACAGUCGCACAUUGCCCGAUCUUACACUUAAUUUCAUCAAAACGCACUCGCUGAUGGAUGAAAGUGUGCCUUCUUUCUUUGGACAACCAAUUGUAAUUAGAACCAGCUUCCACUACCGUUUUACUCAAAUUGCCGUGGACCCGCAAAUUCGCGUACCCGGGGGCAAAACAUACGACGUACUCUUCAUAGGAACAGAUAAUGGAAAAGUAAUAAAGGCUGUAAAUGCACUAUCAGCCGACACCAAAGAAGGUGUCAGACCUGUUGUUAUUGAAGAAAUACAAGUUUUCCCAGUUCACGCUGCAGUGAGGGGCAUCCAAGUGCUACACAGUGAUAAAGACGACGGAAGACUCGUUGUAGUUUCUGAUUCAGAGAUACAGUCAUUGAGACUACAUCGGUGCGACAGUAACAAAAUUUCAAGUUGCAGCGAAUGCGUUGCUUUACAAGAUCCUUACUGCGCUUGGGAUAAAGUACUGGGCAAAUGUCGUUCCUACGGGGCGCCUCGUUGGAACGAAGAAAAUUUCUUCUAUCAAAGCGUAGCUACGGGACAGCAUUCCGCCUGUCCGGCCCCGAAAAACAAUAAGGAUUCGUCUUCCAUGGGAGGUUUUAAUUUACCGCAACUAACUACUAAUCAAGACCAUCAAAUAAAUAGUAAUCAGCCCGAUGGUCAAGUAAUCAAUAUCGUACAAGAAAAAGACUACGAAAACAAUGCAAGUAAGUUAUCCUGCCGUAAUUACGAUAUACAAGGUGACGUAAGCGAGAGAUUUAUUUAUAUUAAUUUUGAGAUUCGUAUGAGAUUUAUUGUGUAUAGUCGAAUACAAGCGGAACCAAAGUUGUUGCCACAAGAGGAAGUGACGUAUGCAGAGCCAGUUCUAGUACCGCAGCCCCCACCAAAGCUUCAUUCGCCAAAGAAUACCUUAAGAAAAGGACCCCAUCAAAACAAUGCUGAAACAUUAUUCCAAUUCCAAGAUGCAGGAUAUAAUGGAAGAGAUAAUUUUAGAGGCCGUGAUAAUUUCGGAACCCUUCGAUCACAUCAGGGUGACAACUACAGGCGUGGAGAUGGGUUCUCGACAACGAGAAGUGUGAAGAAGGUGUACCUCUGAGAAAACAGUGAGGAGGGCGGAGCGGCACCCCGAAGUCUCGGUCGACCACGUCCGCAAAGACUGGGACACAGCGCGUUGCCGACUAGUAGCGGUUCUUCCAGUUCCCCAUCUCCGCCCUCCUCGUCUCCAUCGCCUACCCCUCCUCGCACAGCAUCCUACAUCUACCGGGCAUAGCUAGACACGAGAGACUUUCAAAAAGCGAUGCCAAGUAUUUGUAACAACGGAAAUGGUUGAAGGAUGACAUUAUUGUCUAUCAAGUAUGCAGGUACGAAAGAUACGUAAUUAGGUAUGACUUGUGAUGACAUGUUUUUAAAUUAAUACAGCGAAAUGUUACCUGUAUUAGUCGUUUUGUCGGAAAUGUUACUAUAUUUGUAACGAGAGUUUCUAUAUACCUAAUAUAAUUAACGAACGAUGUACGACUGCACGAAAAAUGAUUGAUCUCUUUUUAAAACGAUAGACUUUCACAAAAAGUACUGUGUUUGUAAAUUAUUAUACUUACGCCAAAGACAUGUAUAUUUGCAUACUCGUAAAAGGCAGACGUCUUAAAAAUGUCCGUAAUUUAAUUUCAAAAGUUACCGAGAUUGAUAUUUAUUUGUUGUAGUACCUAUACAGAGUUCUAUAAUUGGUUUUUAAUUUUACAAACUGCAGCUUUAAAAUUCCUGUCUGGGAUACCACGUUUAAAUACAUGCAUGCUUACUUGGAAUUUAUUUUUCACUACCCUAACUAUACUAUACUUAUUUAUUAAUACUACGACUAUUAGUACUUUUUUAUAUUAUAUUUUACUUUUAAUUAUAUAGUGAAUAUAUGAAUACUAAUCGUAAAUAUAUAAUAAGUAGUAGUCGUACAUCUUUUGUAUUUUGGCAGAUUUUUAACAUGAAAUUUUGAAACUGUUUUUACUUACAAUUAAGUAAUUGUUAUUCAUAUACGGUGAUCGAUGAUCAUACUGCCCCAAGGAAAACUUAAAAUAUUCAGUUAACUACAGUGUGUUUAUGACAAACAACGUAUAUAAGUCAAAUUUUUGUAAGUCUUACGCUCUUCAUGUAAAGAGAAAUUUAUCCUUUUGAUAUUUAUAGAAAGGUGCAUUAGAACUUAGAGCUACCAUGUAGAAAAAUAUUAGGAAUAAGUAUUUCAAAGAUUAAUAAGUGCUUCUUAUGGAUGUGUUAGGUAAGAAUAUUCAUACAUAUAGAUUGUUAUUAUUUAGCAAACAUUGUGAUUAGAAAUGUAUAUUCUGUAGGUAUAAACAUUGUUCCACUUAUAUCUUUGUUACUAAUAGAAAUAUUGCAAUAUUUUAUAUUCUAAAAGUUCACUUUGAAAUUUUAUAAAAUUUUAAUUUAGUAGUAUUCACGUGUAAUACUUAUCAAAUUACUGACGGACGAAAAACGUUAUGAACUGUAAUGCUGCGGCGAUUUUUUUAGUGAUAAAAGUGGAACUUAUUGACUGAUCGAAAUGCUAAUUACAUAUAUUAGUAAUAUUUACUUCGACGACUGCUAAUGCUGACGGUGGAAAUUCUUGUAGAGGUUGUUGCAAGGUGAAUAAAAAAAAAAUACGAAAAAUUCUCUGUUCAAAACUGUUUACAGUUUCUCAGUGUUGGACGCUUUUGAUCAAUUUGCAUAUAUGUAUACAGAAGACUGAAAGUAUAUAUAUGUAAUGUAAUAUUCCCUGUCCAAAAAAAAAAUACGUUCUUUAGUACAAGAAUUAGAAACGGCAGUAUGAACAGUACAAAUUUUACUUCUCAAGACGCAAGUUUUCAAAUUUACCCAUUAUAUUCACUUUUUAUAUUGUUUGCUAUAGAAUUUUUUAUGCCCAGAAACAAGUGGAAUGCAUUAACACAAAAAAAUAUUUAUAUAAAAGAAGAAAUUAAAUAUUUCAAGGAAUUUGGAGGCUAAAGCAAUCUCAAUAAUAUACCAGAUGUUUCGACAUCAAGCCUCACAAUUAUCUUUGAAUAAUGCCAAAUAUCUAAUAAGGGAAUGCAAAAGGAUAAAGUAUUUUUUACAAGAUGCAAAGCGGUUCUUAAUGAUGAGACCCUAUUUCUAAUUUAGAUAUAUUUUUGUAAAUGAAUAGAGGAUGUAUGCUUAAAUUUCAUGACUUGGAAAAGCUCUAUAAUGUCUUAAAAUUAUGUUAUUCUCAUAAGAAUGCUUGUUAAGCUGUUCUCAUAAUGACCUUAAAAUUUUACAAGCAUUUUUUAAAUAUAAAUCUCUUGUUGUUUUCAAAGAUUCAACCAAAAUCCCUUUUAAAUUGAAUAAUCCAUACAUAUAGUAUUAUUUAAAGAAAAUCUUGAGGCUUGAUUGUAUUGUAUAUAACAUUUUAAUACGCUAAUUUAAAUAACAUUAUAAAGUUCCAGCUAGUCAAUUUGGGAUUUUAAAAAAAUAGCACUUUUCAAUCUUUGAGGAAUUAUGUUGUUAUAUGAUAUUCGUUGCUCAAUUUUAAUUUAAACUAAUUAAUUGCUUUAAGAUGCGCAUGAUUAUUUAAGUUUUUUCAAUGUUCGUAAUACACCUGAUUCGACAGGUAGGUACCUACUACUGACAUAUUUUCUAAACAAAUCGCCUAAAAUAAGAACGAUUAAUAUCUCCAUUAAUUUUGUACAUAAACGUAAUUCAUACCCCACUAUGGACAAGUUACACACACGAAUCCAUCACAAUAAGUACUUUUUAUUUUUAUAUAACAAAAGUGUAUGUAGGUAUUGACAUUGUCAAUUGUGAUCAUCAGAAUAAAGAGUUAUCGUAUUUUAAAAUGUCACUUCAAAGAUCAAUUUAACAGUGAAUGCACGUCACUUUUGUAAAUUUUAACCUUUUUGCUUAGAAGUUUGCAUGUAGAUUACGUAGAAUUUUAAAAAUAUUGUAUAAAGAUGUAGAUAAGUUUUAAAUUCAAGAACUAGUCAGGACGUAUAUUAAAAUAAAUAAAAAGGAAAUUAUGCACCCAUUAAACGCAUUUACGAUGAUUAUAAAGAUGUCAGUUUUUGUCAGGUAUUGAAUAAUGUUGAUUAAUAAUUAUUUAUUUUUUUUUUGUUUUUAAUAGGCAAAAAUAAUCAUUGCUUUUGUAACCCGGGCGUAUUUAAAAUUACUUUCGUGUAAAUAAUUGAUGACAAUAUUUUGGUCUUCCAAUUUCACUAUAGACUUUUAGAACUGGCCCAACGUUAUCAGUUUUGGUUUAUUUAUUUGGCAAAUAUUCGGAAAAAAAUUUUAUACGAAAAUAUUCGGCAUUAUUAUGAGCGAAUAGUAGCAUGUAAGCCAAGUGUAAACUGAAAUACGAAAACAGGAAUGAAACUGGAGUUAAUGAAUAAAUAGGUAUAUUUAUGCUUUCAUAAUUUCUGCAAAUAAAUUACUGAAUGCUAAAAUAAAUACUACCAUAAAAAAUUUCAAAAUUAAUUUAAACUUAUUUUUAAAAUAUUGGUCAUGUGGACUGACAGUGAAGUACAUGAAUCUACAGUAUUUAUCCUGUCUGAGGUUUUGUAAAUCAUACUCAAAUCCUUGGUUAUUAUUACACAUUAAAUGCGUACACUUUAUGAUAGCUGGUGGAUUAAUUAUUGCGGUAAUUGUUAAUAAAAAUGAAAACUGCAACAUGUUGAGCUACUGAGUGAGAUUAUUUUUGCCUAAAUGAUUACAAAAUAUUUUUAAUAAUUUACUUCCUACGAAGCUUUUUCCUAACAGUGGUUAUCAGUAUCCAGCCUUAAAUAGCAGGAGCCUGCAUUUAUAUAGCUGUGCAUCGUAUUUCAUCCCGUAGUAUAAACAGCGCCAUUUUUGAUAUUAAAAAAAAUAAAAUAAAGCAUUGUAUUUAUUACAGUAGAGUAGGUAUAUAAUAUGAUAAAAUAGAAUACCGAAUAAGCUAAAUUAGUUUGCAGAUAUAUUUACAAAGUAAGUCAGGUUAUGAAUGUCUAACUUAGCACAAAAAGCCUUCAUAAGCUAUUAUUAUUAACUACUACUAUUAUUACCUACUACUACAACUAUUACUAUUACUACGUAAUUGUGGAAUUCUUCCUCAUAAAGUAUAACAUCACUCAAACAUAUUACACCAACACACUCACAUUCCAUGGACGUGCACGAUAUUUUCUUACGGAUCGUC